AUGACGAUGGAGAAUAACAAUAAUAGUACAUCUUCAUCACCAUCUCUACAAUUACAACAACAACAACAGACACUUCUGGGGAAUGAUGUUGACAGACUUAGUGAUUCAAACUCAAGUUCAUCGGUGGUCGACACUGAUGACUCAUUUCUAAGACCUCCUUCAUCGUUGUCAUCGGCAUUGGCAUUGGCUACAAUGGACGAUGAUAUAAGUGAUACCAACAGUACAUCAAGUCUAACAGAUUCUAUUGCGCCAAUGAGUACUCUGUCGUCGUCUUCAUCGACCACGACUACCACCACGUCUUCGUUGUCGACCAAGUUGGAGUUGGAUCUGGCCACAGGGGACUCGGCACCCAAGCCAAAGAUAGACAUAACUCUCGUGGGUGGUGGCGGCGGGAAGCCGAUGCAACACAGCACUGGCGGUAUCAUCACGACGCCUGUCGGGGGUAGCGAGUCAAAGAGAGUGGAUAGCGUGCGAUCAUCAUCACUCGAGAAGAUCAUACAUAAUAGCAAUCGACCACAUGGCCAUACGAGGACACACUCGACCAACGCCACGCCCACGGCGACACAACCCAAGGACAAAGACAACGGUGCGCCCAAGAAGCGAACCAAGUUGGAGGAGAUGAUCAUGGCGACAGAGUCAGGAAACACGAUAUUCCUCGGACUAGCAAUCAAACAGAAGCCCAUUAUAUCAUUAUCCUACGAGCUGCCAGGCAAGUCGACAUUCCUGCACGUGGCAUGUUCCUCCCUCAAGAUCACCUCAGUGAUGUUCGUGCUGGAGGCCGCUGGCAUGCUGCUCAAUGCGCAGAACACUAAGGGUAGGACACCCCUGUAUGUGUGCUGCGAGGCGGGCUUCUUCCACGCCGCCAACUAUCUGCUCAAGUGUGGCGCAUCACCCAUGUUGGCAGACUAUCACAAGUGGACACCUCUCCACAGGCUUUCAUCCAAAACACCAAAGACCACGACACCAGCCCCUAGUCUUGCGCCAGCAUCUGCAGCCACACCAGACUCCAAGAGAGUUGGAGGCACAUCUGGCGGCCCGUCUGACAAGGUUGGCUUCACCAAGGAGCUGCAAUUGGAAGCUGCCACCAAGAUACUCUCAAUCAACCCAUCGAUCAUUGCUGCCAAGACAUCAUCCAAUCAGACACCACUGCACAUUGCCAUUUCCAAUGGCAACUAUCACCUUUGUAAACUCUACCUGCAACACUCAACAGCUCAAUCACUCCUGGUCAAGGAUGACAAUGGCAACUCACCUCUUCACCUUGUAGCAUACACAGUCCGAUCAAAGACAUUUGCACAGUCGAUACUUGAUAAGCUAGCUGAUAGCUUAAGUGGAGAACAAUUGAUGGACUAUAUAGAUGAGAUUAACAAUGUCUGCGCAUCUGCCUUGCAGUUGUCGAUGAAGAGAGACAAUCAAGAGUUGUGUCGACUCAUCAUCAGAUACAGAUCAAUGGCCGAGUCAAAGAUACUGAAGGAGUACUUCUCGGACCUAAACGCAUUGAAUCCAUCAGAGGCUACGCGCCUCCCACUUGACAAGAUCAGCUACCUGGAGUCACCAUUCAGAAGCUCACACUUCGGAAUACUAUUUAGAAAGAUCAUCACCAUCAUCAAGCAGCACUACGCCAUCAACAUGACGCAUCAGAAUGCCAAUAUCCUUCUCACGCGCACCAAAGACACCAUCAAGAAGUUCUUUGAUUGGCUUGACAACAAUGUCAUGGACACAAACUAUAUCCGGUACUACAAAGAGACAUUAUUCUCUCAGACAUACGACACCAUCAUUCACCUUUACCAUGAAGUUUACAAGUCCAGAGACCUAUUCACACAACAGAGGAUAGCAAUGUAUAUUGAUCUAAGCUAUAGCGAGUUGGAUAUAUCAGAGAGCAGUUGGGAGCAGAAUGUGGAGGCAUUCCCAAGGGCUUUGGAGAUAAUGAAGAGGUUGCCAGAGAAGAGGACUCCAUCGGACAAGAUCGAUGGUCUGAACGAAGCGACAAGCCAGAUUGUUAGAAUGGACGCCAAUGAUCUGACGCCAAUGUUUAUGUUUUUGUUGAUUAAGUCGGACCUGAAGAACAUGGCAUCCGAAUAUCAGUUCAUGGACGACUUCAAAGAGACACCAGAGCAGGAGCAGUACUUGGUGCUGUUACAGGGUUCAUUCGACUACUUGGAAACACUAAACUACACGCUGCGCAACUCAAUGAAUCAGGUCAUGUCACUCUCUGGCAUUGUCGACAGAACCAUUGACAAUGCGCUCUCAUUGUGCGAUGAAUUCCAGAAUGCAGGCGUUGGCGGAGCAGACAUGGUCGAGGACUUGGACGAAGGACUGCGCAUCCAGGAUGAGAUGGUCUUGUUGUUGAUGAUGGUCUCAAAACUGGCAAACAGGAUGAGCAACGACAUCAUCUACCUGCCGCUCAAAUGGUCCGACAUUGUGAUGAAGUCCUAUCACUUCAAGGCGAUCGUCGAGCGACUGGGUGUGCGUCUCGAUCAAUCACUGGAGCUGCUCAUCACUACUUCCUCUCCUAUCCAAGAAUUUGAUCAGACAGCGCCCUCACCUGCCGAUGCCAACACCAUCAUCAAGAAGAAAGGUGAGAUAUGUAUUAUACUCGAGCAUCCAUACCCCCAGAUGGUCUACCAGGUCAUCGAAGAGAGUCUACGAAAGGCCCUGAACGAACACAAAUAA